GGUCCCGUGGAGCGCCGCUCUCCCUGACGUGGCCAGACGCGAAAGGCCCGUCUAUUUCUCCGUGGACUGCAGCGAUUGGGCAGACCGUGCGUCGGCAAGUUUUGGGAGGAAAAAAAAAAACAAAAAAACAUGUAAAUAGUGCAGGUGGCGGCGGAAUGCAUCUGAGUAAGGUGUAUGUAAAUAAAACAGAAGUGAAACCGUGUCACUCUGCUCGAGGUUCCUGGGAGGAAUCAACCCCUCAGAACAGAAGCAAUGUUGGCCCGAUAGUUGAAGUAAAAGAUUUAAAGAUUACAACAGGAGCAUGCCGCAGCUCCGCGCCGCCGCCGUGCUGCAGGUCGCGCUGCUGCUGUCCGCCGUGCCCGCGCAGUACCUGCUGUCCCGCUGGGGGGGCUCCACCGCGGUGCAGCGCUACCACGCCACUGCACGGUUGCUGCGCAUGUGGGGCGAGUUGAGGAGGUCGUUGCUCAACGGCACCGCGUGGAUGGAGUGGACGGACCAGCAGCUGUCUGCAGCCAAGUCUUGGGUUGGUUUGGGGCAGGAAGACCCCCGCCAGGGGUACCCUCCAGUAGAAACUAUGAUUUUCGACAAUGACCAGGAGUUCUUUGGAGCCUCCAAGACCGUGCGCAGCCCUCGCCCCCCAUACGUGUUCCUGCGAGUUGGGGAGGUGGUGAUGGAGAGGAACGGCCACAUGGUGGGGGUGGUGGUGAGCUGGGACACUGAACUGCGGGCUCCUCCAGAAUGGAUCGACAAAGUGUAUUCUAACUCUGAGAACACGAAAUCAGAGAAGACGCCUCACUAUAAGGUGCUCUUCAGUGGACCGGGACCCUCCUCUCUGAGGAUUGCAUACCUACCUCAGACACAACUGGAACGGAUAACUGGGAUACGGCCGGACAUUCCCACCCUGGAGAAAUACUUCACACACUAUGAUGGGACGCGGUUCGUCAUGCAGCCGUGGCUCAGAGAGCUCUUCCCCGAGGACGACAAGGCUUGACUGCUCAGUCUGAAAGACACAUUCAACAGACGGUUUUAUCACCUUUUCUGUGUGCUGUUCCUAAGCCUGGUCAAAAUGUCAGCCCUCCUCUGCUACAGCUAUUGAUCUCAAGUGCCAAUGUUUGUACGAGUCAGAGAUAAACUCUUGAGAACUUCCUUUCUAGGAUUCAGGAUUCAGAAUGUACUUCUAGAAUCUGAAACCCAUAAUAUUGCAAUUACGUGAUGAAGAUCAUCCUCCAUCUCCUUUAUUUUUGGCAGUGUGCAAAUACCAUGUACAGUAUUUUUAAUCUAAUGAGUGCCAAAACAAUUUAAAUAGUUACUUUCGGUGUUACAGUUAAUGAUCGCUCUUAGAAACAGUUGAAAUGUUUAUUGAAAUUUAAAAAACAGCAAAUGUUUUAAAUCACACGUUUUUAAAAGUCAAAUUUACAGGAAUGGCAUUAAAAAAAAAAAAAAUGGCACUACUUUUUAAGGAUCAAAUUGAUGCAAUAAAAUGUUU